AUGAGCAAUCUCGAGAAGCAGUUUCUUGGUUCUGACGCAAAGGGGAUUGAAGAAGCUAGAAAGGAAGAAACCAUUGCCGCCUUGAUGAAGGUGAGUGCUGAAGAAAAUCGAUUUGAUGACAAGGAAGUUGAGAUCGAGGAUGAAGGGGAAGAGGCAAUGAUGAGGGAGAUCGUCUUAGGUCUCCCUACUCUGCGUCUCCAUGAUGAUUUCUGGGAUAACCCGGAUCAAGAUGACGACAAUCCCGACAAGGAUAAACCCCCUGUUGGAAAUGUUGUUGUUGCUGUUGGCGAAGAGGAGGCGGUCAUAGAUAAAGGUAGAGGGGAGAAUGAAAAGAUGAAGGCGAGCGGAAGCGAAAGUAAGAAACGUUCCAAGAAACCGAAGGUUGACGGCGCAGGAGCAUCGGGAAGUGGCUCGGCCAAGAAGAGAGCCCCCGAACUCAUUGAUCCACCUGCUGGUCCACCAGUUUGCCCUUAUUGUCAUAGGGUUUUCGGGUCAUGGAAGGCGGUUUUUGGACAUUUGAGGGCCCACAAGGAAAGGCAACAUCAUGGGUUUCUUCCGCCUCCUAGGUUUUCGGCAGCAGCUGAAGGGAUCAUCAUUGGUUGCAGUGGUAAUGACGGUGACAGAUCUGUUAGUGUUAUUGUUGCUGCUUCAGAUCUUGGUGGUGGUAGUGGCAAUGGUGAUGGAAAAGGUCUCGACUUUGACCUAAACGUAAUGCCGAACGAAGAUUCUGAGGAAAAUAUUGUCCCAAACCUUAAACCAAAGUCUUUUGAUCUCAACAAGAGUCCUAAAAAGGAAGAUCCUGAAGAAGAUCAACUCUAA